AUGGUCGUUGCAUCGCAGCAGCAAGCUGGUUGUCGAAGUGCUGGCGGUUUUCGUGAGUUCGACGAGGAUGACCUCGAGUCCUACCUCGAGGGUUCGAUCCUGUCUGAACGUCUCCACGAUCCUUUUGGCGAUGGAUGCAUUCAAAAUAAAAUAAUCACUAUCUUCCCCUGUAUUUCCAACUAUGGAAGAAUACCGCCACCGUCAGCAUUGGAAACUGUAUUCGCGACCUCAAUGGAAUCAGUUUUCAAAUCGCAAUAUCCAAAUGGCAACCAGUACGGCUAUGACUACCCUUCGCAGCAGUGUCGGCCCAGCUAUCGCGACUCUCGCAUCGAUGACAGAGGAGUAACGGUGGUAUCACGACCAGGAUCUCCUGGCCCAGUGGCUGGUGCAGGCGACGUUAUCAACACACCCCAUGGCUUCACAAUUCAACUUGAUGUCAAAUUGUUUCGCCCAGAGCAAAUAAAGGUAGUGCUGACAGAUGACAUGCUGUGUGUAAGCGGUGAAAGAAUAGAAGUUGGCAGCGGUGGGCAGACAUUGAAGCGUUCUUUCGCAAGAAAAUAUUGGUUCACGACAUGGCUGGAGGGAAACACAUAUCAGUGUACAUUCAGCAGGAAACUACGAUCGUAA